GUGACAUUAUAAUUUUUGAUUUUGAAAACAUUUAAUUUAAAUACGUUUCUUAACAAUGGUACACCCUGUAUAUUGCAUUUGAUAUAUUUCGUUUUGUUUUUCUAUCAAGCUUCAUAUUCAACACGAUAAGUUGUUACCUCAGAAACUGGUAAACACAAACUAUCAUUAGUGCGAUUGACUCUCAUUCCGUACAAAGUAUUGAGUAAUGUCUGGAACUAAAGAGAAAACUGUUAGUCCAGAAGAGCAACCUUUUGACGAAAAGAAAGAAAUCAAAGAUGAUUUUGAACGUAAGACUUUCUUCGAAAAAUUAUGUGCUAUCAAAUCAAAUAUUACCGUCGAACCGAUUUUGGCUGGUCUAAUUAUACCAUCAACAUUAUCUCGUCUUGCUGUACAAAACUUAAAUCUGGACAAAAGUUGUCGAGUAAAACUUAACUUUGGUGAUGAAAUUUGUGAUGCUUUACUACAGAGAAAUGGUAACCUAACUCAUUACGAAGGUGAAGUACAGAAAGUUAUAUCAUCUAUAGAAGCAUGGAAGAGUAUCAUACAAACAGCUAUACCAACAUUACUAGUUAUAUUUAUGGGUGCGUGGAGUGAUAGAACUGGUAACCGAAAAAUGUGCAUACUUUUACCUAUUUUUGGCGAAUUCCUUGUGUGUAUUAGUAAUCUCAUUAGCACCUUUUUCUUCUAUCAAGUUUCUGUUGAAGUGACGAUGUUUCUCGAAGCAUUAUUUCCAGCAAUAACAGGAGGAUGGGUUAUGGUCUACUUGGGUGUAUUCAGUUAUAUAAGUGACAUCACAAGUGAAGAAUCCAGAACUUUUAGAGUUGGACUUGCGAAUUUGUGUAUGACCGCUGGUAUCCCUAUAGGCACAGCUCUCAGUGGAAUUUUGCUAAAAUUGCUAGGCUAUUACGGAGUUUUCUCGAUUACUGCAUCGAUAUAUGUGAUAACAUUAUCAUACGGUUUAUUUUACCUUAAGAAAAACUCUAAGCUAAGUUCCGGUGAGAACGAAGAGAAAAAGCCUAUAACAAUAUCAGAACUUGUUACAUUAAUUAAAGAAACAGUUUUAGUUGCUUUUAAGAAACGAGAUGGUAAAACAAGAAGAAAAAUUCUCAUAACGCUAUUGACAGUUGCUAUUGUUUAUGGACCUAAUCAUGGUGAGAGAAUUAUAACAUACAUGUUCGUGAGAUACCGCUUAAAAUGGGACGCUGUAAAAUAUAGUCUUUAUUCGACAUACAGUAUCAUCACGCAUUCGUUUGGUGCACUGUUUUCUAUAACCGUCUUCAGUAAGCGAUGGGGCUUUCAUGAUUCUUUGCUCUGUCUCAUCUCUAUCACCAGCAAGUUAGCUGGUUCAGUCUUUAUUGCGUUCGUCAGAACUGAUUUCGAAAUGUUUAUGGUACCCAUAGUGGAGAUAUUAAACGCGUUAACAUUCACAUCACUAAGAUCGAUGAUAUCCAAACUGGUGUUGAACGAGGAGGUUGGUAAAAUGAACUCCUUAUUCAGUUUGGUGGAAACGCUCGCAGCUCUAGUCUUCGACCCGACGUAUUCCACUCUUUAUGCCAAAACGUUACCGAUAUUCGCAGGGACUGUCUACAUAUUCAGCGCUGUCAUGACUCUACCGCCGAUCUCAUUGUUGAUUUGGUUGUUUACUGAGCAUCGUAGAGAUAGAAGACUUAAAAGAAUGCAAUCAGCUUCUUGUGACAUUAUGCAGGCUACAAAUGAAAAGAUGAACUCCAAAUAGGCAGACGUUACCAUACUUAAUUUUAGGCAUGUUUUCUUCUGCAUGAGAAGGACUGACAUCUCUGGAACAUGGGCUUGAUUAUAAGUUGAUAUUGGUUUUCAUAAACAAACAAGGCCAAUAAAGAUGUAUCCUUAAUAAAACUUUCAUUCCAUUGUAGUUUUAUUUUAAGUAUUUUG